GGCCAGACCUUCCCUGCCCUCUUCCCAAGGUGGUCAGUGCGUGUUGUGGAGACGAGGAAGUUGGGUGUGUGUUCCUCGCUCUCUGCACGACAUAACUUGCCUGUUCUCACGUGUGCACUGGACACUUCUUGGACUCUACUAACCACCAACCCAAGUGCUACCCAUUACUUCUGUGUACUACAGACACUCGACUGUUGGCAGUUUAUUGCUAUUUAAGUGACAUUGUGAAUUUAUUGUGUUCUACUAAGAUAUUAAGAAUUUUUACCACCGUGACAAGUGAUACAAGUGCCCGGAGCUCAGAUGUGCUGUGACAGUCUGCCGCAAGUGUCGCCUUGUGUGUUGGCUGCGAGCACACACUGAAAAGGACAACACAUGUUCUAGAGGAAUUCGGCUCCUGCAGAAGCCUUGAACUCGAGGCUAAGCCUAACCCGCCGCUAGUCCCGCACCGUCCUGAAGAUGGAGGACUUGUACUGCUCCGAGGCGCCGGCGUGCUCAGAGGGACCCAUCGCGCUGCAGGACAACACGCUGCUCGAGGACUCCAGGAUUCUAAACAACCUGUUGCAGCUGCAGCCCUUCACCAUCCCGCCACAAAACUACUUCAAGCACAUACAGAACGACAUCCAGCCCUACAUGCGGAAGGUCGUCACGAAGUGGAUGUUUGAUGUGUGCGAGGAGCAGGCGUGUGAGGAGCAGGUCUUUGCCGUGGCAGCCAACCUCUUCGACAGGUUCCUGUGCGCCUGUGUGGUGCAGAGGACGCAGCUGCAGCUACUCGGCGCAGUGUGUCUCCUGCUGGCGUCCAAACUGCGGCAGUGUCGUCCCCUCUCCGUGGAGCUCCUCGCCUACUACACAGACUACUCCGUCACUCAACAGGAGAUCAGGAGUUGGGAGCUUUUGCUCGUCUCGAAGCUGGGCUGGGACUUGGCGCCCAUCACUGCCUUCGAUUUCGUUGAUCACCUCCUGUGCAGAGUUCCUUUCAUCGGUUGUGACCCCGCCAUCGCCAGGAAACACGCCACCACCUUCCUCGCCGUGGCCGUCACCGAACCUGACUUUGUGCAAGUUGAACCCUCUGCACUCGCUGUGGCUUCCAUCACCUCUGCCGUGCGUGGCCUCAUUCCCUUACCGGAGUGGACCGCCGCCCUCUCCACCUUCGCAACGGCUGUUAACCUCGACGCCCACGCUCUCCACGCCUUGGUCGACCAAAUAGACCUGGUGGUGGAGAGAGAAGCCAUGUCUGUGCAGACCACCGUGUCCAGCCAGCAGGCCCAGCAGCCUCUCACCCCCACCAACAAGCAGCAGGCGCCGGAGCCCAUGGAGUUUUUUGACGGGAACAAAACGCCCACGGAGGUGACGGACAUACACUUCUGAUGUCGAGACAGACGACAGUAGCGGGAUGACGCUGCUGCCUAAGUGAGUCGUCGAGACCGCCUUGAUUACUUGAAACUUAAACCUGUAACAGACGUGUUGCCGGGACGCGGGCCUUGCUACCUCCCCCUUCAGCUCAGGUACAAAGAGGGUCGAUGAGGCCUCAGUGCAAGUCCAUACAAGUUAAACACACGUUUCUCAGGAUCCGAACGUCCUACCUAAACAACUAGAGUCCUGCUAAGGAUUCACACAUAUUUUAAUGAAUGGACUUGAAGCCAAACCAAAGACAUGAUGAAGGUGGGCUGGUGGUGGUUCUUCAGGGCUGCUUGGGGUUGGGUUUUCACUGCCAGACUUCACCAAAAUCUCGGGGAACGUUCAGCGUCGUCUCCUGCAAGCCUGAGAGCCGGCACGCGUCCUCCGGCAGGGCGAUCUGGCUCAUACCAAAUGGUGUAGAUCUCAGUCAUAUUUGUAUCCAGUCAAAGUCACGGGCGGGGACGCGUGGGGGCGGUGAUUCGCCCUCAGCUGAGUGGCAACUCAAGUCGAUUCAGCGGAUAAAAAACAUCAAUAUGCUUAUGAUUAAAAAAAAAUAUAUAUAUUCUUGUAAAUUUCGGAUGACUUGAGUUGCUACAGUGACGCACAGCAACCCUCCGUCCCGCUCCAGGCGAACGGCGGUGUAGUGCAGCAGCGAUUCCAACGUCAAUCAAAAUACUGUGAUGAAGUCGGGGCCGAAGCCGCCCCAUUCUGACCUUGGCUUCCUGUGGCGCUACACCCGCUCAGAACAGUUCCUGCGUGGGACCCCAAAGUGCGUUGGAUUAAACGUGUCAGUAUUAUUAAGUAAUAAUCAAAUCUAUGUUAAUGAGACGUCAAAACUAAGGUGCUGUAAAUUUCGAUUCUCAGUGUUUGUUCACGCCUCCAGUUCACCUGUCCCAGAACACGGUGCGGGCAUUACUUCCGCCAGGUACUCUCGCCGCGGCCGUGCGUCGGGCGAGGGUAAUGCAGGAACAAAUUUCUUAUGAUCUCGUCGGUUGUGUGAAGAAAUAAUGCACAAAUUUUGUACUCUUGUAUAAACUGUAUCGUGUAUAUAGUGUAAUUAAUUUGUUAAUAUUCCUACCAUAGGCUAUUUUAUAAUAUAUUUUAAAGCGUUGCAGUCACUUCGAAGGAAGAGGAAUCUUUGCUCUUCGAACAGGGAGUCUUUGAGUAGCCUUUCAUGACUUGAGAUUGAGUGUCUUCAAACCGCAUUGGUCUCCAGACGAGUCCCGUCGACUCGAAGUUACCUGAAGAAGUGCCUUGUGGGAAGAUUAGUGCCUUUAAUUGUUGAGUAUGUGAACCCUUCUGGCUUAUAGCUUGCCUUCUGUAUUCUGUACGGUAAAUUGUGCCUUAAAUUGUUUCGUGACAAAUAUUAUUUGUUCGUUUGUACUUAAGACAUGUUCCGUCUGUAACUUGUUAAGAGGAUUAUAUUUGAUACUCUGACUCAUGAACUGUUCUCGAAGCAGACAUGGUUUCUAUGAUGUAAAAAUGGUUUCAUGACAAAAAUAGGUCUUUGAUGCUAUUUAUGUUGAGUGUCAGGAUGUGUGGGCCGGCCCGUGAGCCUGCUGGCGGCCGUAGCUCUAGCGUAGUGUUGAGCCUGGUGUCUCAGGUGUUCUCUAGUCGCGUUCUCUUGUUGCCGAAUGAUAUCGUCUUGAUGGCUCGGGUUCACUUUGUACUCACGUCGAAAAAAGGAGUAAAAGUUUUAUACUAAAAUGUUAUCACAAAUUUUAUAUAAAGGGUUCCUUAUAGUAAGGAUCCUUGUUUUGGUUAUGUAAAACUUUGAUAAUUCCUUGUACUUUUCAUUGCCGUCAUAGGUAGUCUUUCUCCAGCAAGUUGACAAUGUUUAGGCCAUGACGUGCCUCCCAGCCACGGGGCCGCCAUUGGCUGCUAAGGUACAACCGUGGGGAAGGUCAGUGAGUGUUCCUGACGCACACGGAUACACUGCCGCGCCGCAUGAGGGCGCCUCUCCUAUACUAAGCUCAGUGGUUCAGACACUGUACAAAGUAAUGCACCUCACUGGCACCGCGCGUCCAGUGCCACUAGUACAACCACUGGAGCAGCUCUGUUAGUCGCGGCUCAGGAGGCUGCUUCACCGCGUAAGGUUGGUAGACGAAGCUAUGAGAUAAGUGAUUGAAAAAAAGAUAUUUGUACUCGAUUAAUGUUUGUGUUUCGUGAAAAAAUUUACUUCGUAUUUUGGGAUGUAAUUAUUUAUAGUCUAAGCUGUGUUCUGAUCAAUAAAGAGAGAAGGUAA